CCCAACGGUAACCAAGUAGUCAAGCGCAUAACCCACUGUCUCGGUAACGACCAGUUCAGCACUCUCUGCAAAUCUUCAAUUCCAAUGGCCAUGGCAACUCCCUUCUACUCCACCUCUUUCAUCCCCACCUCCAAAUUCAAGCCUCUCUCUACUUCUUCUUUCUUUCCUCCGCACCCUCGUUCCUCCGCCGCUCAUCCCAGCCUCGCGCCACCCUCUCCUCUUGCUCUCCGGUCGACGCGGUCGCCUCCCGCGGCGACAGCUGCUACGGCUCCCGCCAUCACCGUCGAGGCCGAUCGCGAAGAGGCCUCCGCCGUACCUUCUAAGUCUCUGCCCUUCCGAGUUGGCCACGGCUUCGAUCUUCAUAGACUGGAGCCUGGGUACCCUCUAAUCAUCGGCGGCAUCUCUGUUCCCCACGAUAGAGGCUGCGAGGCUCAUUCCGAUGGUGAUGUGUUACUUCAUUGUGUUGUGGAUGCCAUUUUGGGUGCUUUGGGGCUUCCUGAUAUUGGGCAAAUCUUUCCGGAUUCAGAUCCUAAAUGGAAGGGGGCAGCAUCGUCUGUUUUCAUUAAAGAAGCUGUGAGACUCAUGCAUGAAGCGGGCUAUGAGCUAGGGAAUUUGGAUGCCACCUUGAUUCUUCAAAGACCGAAGCUCAGCCCACACAAAGAGGUUAUUAGAGCAAACUUGUGCUCACUUCUUGGGGCAGACCCUUCUGUUGUAAACCUCAAGGCAAAAACUCAUGAGAAGGUCGAUAGCCUCGGAGAAAAUCGCAGCAUUGCAGCUCACACCGUGGUUCUGUUGAUGAGGAAAUAGGGUCAUGAGGCCUAACCCAUUUUCUGGCAUGUGACAGAUUGUUUGUUUGCUUAGUGUAUACUACCUACAGAGUUUAAACACAUGACACUCCCUGCAGAGAUCCCAUUCCUUCGUCCUCAAAGUAGACAAUCGAAAAUAAUGAUUUGAUUGAAAUGAAAUAACCAUGAAGUCAUAACCCUGUGCGUGUGCCUGCGCCGCUGCGCGUGUUUCAAGCUCUUAAUAAGUUUGGUGGGUCGGUUUGUGUGAUUCAGCUGUCGCUGUAGGAAUGGCACGACUUGCAUAGGUCAUGGCUUAUGCAUUUGGUUUCAAAUAUAUGGUCGAGUCAAAUCUGAUGGUGGGGUGGUUGCAUACUUGGAUAGUUGGAUUUGAAUUCAAACGUGUCAAAUGGUCAAAUUGGUGAUAUAGAUUGUUACUAUUUUAUCGUAGAUAUAAAUUUCCAAUGCUAGUGUCAUUGCCCCAAA